AUGAGGCCCAAAGAGUUAAAAGACCCUGAGUCAAGCGGGUUUUCAUUUUCAGGGGAAAAAAUACAGAGAGAAAGAGGUGAAGUAUCCUCCACGCCGCGGGCGAUCAAUCGACGGUCGAUUCUCCUCUACGAAUUUAAUAUUCCCGAUCUGAGGAUUGAAUAUUUUACUUUAAUUUCGUUGUUAUCGUGGAAAUCAAAAACACAGAUUACAGACACACUCGAAUUCGAUUCUGCCUUUCGCCCCUACUCACUAGUCACUACUCAGUCGUCCUCAUUCCUCUCCCUCGUCUCUUCCCCAAAUCCGCCGCCGUCCCCAAAUCUUCCGCCGCCGCCGCUGCUCCUCCGCCCUAAAUCGUCCCAAUCCAAAUCAUCCCCCAAAUCGUCUUUUCCAGUUCAAGUAGCUGCGUGCGCGGUGCGUCUGCGACUCGGUGCUGCGUCUACGACUCCUUAUCGUCGGUCAAGACUCAAGAACUCCUUUUCGCCGGUCGUGGAUUCGUCAGUUUCGGUUGCAGCGCCAAUGUGCUAUUCAAUUAAUGCCUUUAGAAGUAUCAAUAAGAAAAGGGUAGAGAUGACCAUGAAGAGGCAUGCAGCCAAAGGAGGGUCCUCGUCCCAUGGUGCUGAUUCUGAAGAACCAAAAAUGGACAUCAGGUCUAUCCUCAAAGAUAUCGAGUUUGUGGCGACCCCACAUAUGACAUGGAAGCAGAAGAAAGACUUGGAGAAUAGGAAAGUAGUUUCACUUGGUGGAAAGCCUCAAAAGAAACAAAGACUACCUCUUAGUGUGGCACGAGUCAUGAUGAAGAAGCAAAAGGAAAGAGAAGAAAAAAUGGCUCAAGAGAAUGCAAUACUUGGAAGAUUCGGAGUUUACGCUAGCAAUUCGUCUAAAAAGCCAGUGGAAAGGCGCCGGCCAGAGGAUAGAGUUCUGAAGUCCAGCGAAGGUAAUUUUAGAAAUGGUGUUCUCGAUGUUAAGCAUUUAUUAAAAUCUCCUGCCCCUCGGUCUCAAGAUGAAGAUAAAAGUGGUGGACGUGGUCACGGGAAGGGGAAGAGAAAGAAAGGUGGUAAAAAGAAGGGCGGUGGUAAAAAGCGUCGGUAGAAAUUGUUUGAAAUGUAUGUGAAGACAUUUUUUGCGCUCUGUUUAUGCGAUUAUUUUAGGUUGAAAAAUGGUUGAAACCAGGAAUUUUGCUUAGCAGAAAAUUGACCUUGGCUACUUACUGCCUCGUGAAACUGCACUCUUUUGUAGACUUUGUGGUGAAUUUUGCUCAUGUUGCAAAACUAAUGAUUUAAUUUAUAGCAAAAAAAAUUAAAAAAUCACUUUCUG